AUGACGCCGCUUCGGAUCGGUGGUGAACACAGGAUUUAUUCGAUAAGGAUUUGGUUGACCGAGAUCGACACCUUUUGGUGGAACAGUCCGGCGGUAUGGGCGACACCAGUGUAUUGGUCAAAAGCGAAGCACGUCCAGACCUCGCCUCAGGGCUGGGCGGAUAACCCAUUGGAAGACACGAGCCGCGCCAUCGAGCAACAGCACGACCUCCGGCGGCGUCGCGUACGGGUCCCCAAGUUCAACGGCCUUGGACCUGGUGCUUGGGGUCAAAUCCUUCUGGCUUCUACAGAGCAUCUUUGCGACAGGUCAACAGAGAAUUCUUUCCAUGAGAGACUGUCGAGACCGAACGCACGGCCCAGCAGCGGGCACAUAGCUCUUCUCAGCGUCACCGCUUUAACAAUGUCAAGUCUAGCAGGCGCUUUGGGGGAAAAUCUUCAGUCGGGAUCACAUAGCGGCUACAAGAAUGAAGACUUACCGAUGAAUCACGCAUCGGACGGCGGCGAGGAUGAGGAAAUGGAAGACGACCUUUUUGGCAACGACGAAGAUGUCGAACAUUACGCCGCUGGAAGAACCUCUCCGUCUUCUCCUUCUGCUUCAGCUGUCGACUCCGAGCGCUUACCGUCCCAGGAACGGGAUCAGCGACAUGCUUUGGAAUACGAAGAAGAAGAAGAACCACAGGAAAUGGCUGGCCAGGACCUGAAAGAGGCUGAAGUCACAUUCCCCAACAUACCUGUUCCCCGCAGCUCAGACGGUGAUAAAUGGGUCAUUCGCACACCAAAUUUCGUUCAAGUUGACUCAAAACCAUUCCAUCCGGACACAUAUAUCGGGCCUGAGCAUGAUGAAGACGACGCUGGCACAGAAACCCUAAAACAACGUAGCAUGUCCAUCAAACUCAGAGUCGAAAGCACAAUCCGUUGGAGGUGGACCAAAGACGAGAAUGGGCGAGAUGUGCAGCAAUCCAAUAGCCGCAUAAUCCGCUGGUCCGAUGGCUCUUUGAGCUUACGAUUAGGCAAGGAGUUGUUCGACAUUAGCAAGUCAAUAGACACUUCGGCUGGUCUACCUCGUCAGCUCGGCGGCUCUCAACCCUCAACGCAAUCACAGACACCGCUCGGCAAAAACCAAGGCCUUACAUACCUCGUGGCCCAACAUAAGCGUUCUCAAGUCCUCCAAGCGGAAGCCGUCAUAACAGGAAACAUGACACUUCGACCGACUAGUAUGCAGUCCGAAACCCAUCGCAUGUUGGUCCGCGCUGUUGGUCAGAAGCACAACAAGGUUGCCCGGCUCAAGAUGGCUGAUGAUCCCACUAUGGACCCUGAGCGUGAAAAGAUGGAACUCGUUAAACAGAGCAACAAGAAAUCGAAGAAACGCGAGUACGACGAUGGUCUCGGAGGUGGAAGGAGGCGCAAGUACUCUAGGCGCACAGCUGACCGUGAUGUCUGGAGCGACGAUGAAGAUGAUUUUGCCCAUGUCUUUGGUUCAGAUGACGACAACGAAGAUGGUUCGUCCCCGCGGAAGGCCAAACGCAAGGCCGACGACGAGAGGGGUGGAUACCAGGAAGACGAUUUCCUGGUUGCCGACGACUCAGAAGAGGAAGAUUCUGGGUAUAGCAAGAAGAAGCGACGCUUCGGGAAUGACUACGAGGAAGAUCCCUUGGACAAACUCGAUGCCAAAAUUGAAGCGCAAGAGCGAGGGCGUGGAGACGCCGACUCUGAAGACGAUAAAGCUAUGGACGUUGAGAGCGAAGAGGACGACGACGAAGACGUUCCAGUUAGGCGUCACACCUCGAGCGGUAGGCGCAAAGCCAUCAACUUUGACGACGACGAAGAGGAAGAGUAA